AUGGACCAGAAUCCAAUCAUCCUAGCAUCACAGUUCGACUCAUAUACUGUCCUAAAAAGUCUGCUUCUUGAUUGCGAGCCUUCUCAAGUCAUUAAAAAUCAGAGUCUUUACUGGGCGUCUCGACUUGGUCAUGACCGCAUCGUUACUGCUCUUCUACAGUCAGGUGCUGAACCUGAUACGCGGCAGCUGGAGGGGCAGACAGCACUCACAGUGGCAUCCGAGCACGGCAAUCGAUCCUGUGUCACAGCUCUGCUCGCAGACAGUCGAAUCAAUGUGAAUGCUCCAGGCAGAAACGGACGGACUGCACUCUCGUUUGCCUGCGGAGGUGGACAUGAUGACAUCGUCAAAGAAUUACUGAACCAGAAAGCUUGCAAUCCCGACGAACCGGAUAAUGCAGGAGCAACCCCAUUCUUCUGGGCCGUAGGGGGAGGUCAUCACUCAAUCCUUUCCACCCUAGCAAGGCUUCGCAGUGUUGACAUCAACCACCGGGACAAGACAGGACGUACAGCUGUUUCAUGGGCUUCCGGAGACGGCAUGGCCGACACCCUCAUACGACUACUAAAAUUUCCACGCAUUAAUAUUAAUGUCAAAGACAAUAAAGGGAGAUCGCCUCUCUCAUGGGCAGCAGGAAAUGGUUGUACGGAUGUAGUUGAAACACUCCUCGCAAGUCCAAAGAUAGACAAGACGAGCAUCGAUAACGACAACAGAAAUGCGAUAUCAUGGGCCAGUGCACGAGGCCACUGUCAGGUUCUCGUCAGGCUUCUCGAAGCAGGCUGCCCAGGAGUCGAUGCCGAAGAUAUCGAUGGAUGGACGCCUCUAGCAUGGGCUAUCCAGACUGACUCGCCCGAUACAGUUCAGGCUCUUAUCAGUGACGAAAACGUUCUGAUUGAACGGCGUGAUAGAGGUGGAAGGACUGCUUUGUCAUGGGCUGUUGAAUAUGGACAUAUAGAGAUUGUUAAAGUGCUUCUUAGAGCUGGCGCUGACACUCGGACACAAACUAGGAGUGGAAGAACCCCAGCGAUGAUAGCUAAGGACUUCGACAGGGAUGACAUAGUAAAAGAACUCGAGGUGUAUGGGCCAUAG